UUAGGACGCGGUCGAAAAAAGUGUAAUACGCAUGCGCGGACCGUACCCUGGUCGAGCAAGCUCCAGUGUCACUUGGCCCGCGUUCGGUGAUGUCGCGCGAAUGGGCGGUACUGGCUGGGCGCUUGGCGAAGCGCGGGUUGCUGACGACUCUGACUUCCAGACGCUGAAGAAUCUCCUCUCAUCAGAGGACGGCUGGAACGUGGAGUAUGAGCGCGACGGCGUCAAGGUGUGGACGGAGGACGCGGCACACGGCGCGCUCAGGACCGUCAAGGUGGUCGCUGAGUUUGAAGACGUGGAGCCAGACGCCCUGUACGACGUGCUCCACGACCCGGAGUACCGGUCCGUGUGGGACACCCACAUGCUGGCUGCGGAGGACGCCGGUCACAUCAACGUUAAUAAUGACGUCGGGUAUUAUGCGAUGUCAUGUCCGGCGCCUCUCAAGAACCGGGACUUCGUGCUGCAGCGCUCGUGGCUGGAUACAGGAGAAGAGAAGAUGAUCCUCAACCACUCUGUCUUCCACAAGGAUUACCCGCCGAGGAAGGGAUAUGUUCGGGCACUUUCUUUAAUGACGGGGUUCGUGGUUCGGACCCGCAGCGGGCCCGGCAGUUGGCUGGGGUACGUGUCGCGGUCGGACCCGCGCGGCGCGUUACCUGCUUGGCUAGUAAAUAGAGUGACAGCUCAACUGGCGCCCCGUCUGGUGCACCAGCUGCAAGCAGCCGCCAGACGCUACCCCGGGUGGAAAGCGCUUACCGACUACCCUUACCAUAAGCCCUGGAGACACCCGGAACAAGUACCGACUUAUCGGAUUAAACUUGAAGAUUGCAUAGAUCCGGACGCACCGACACCACCUCCCCAACCUGAACCAAAACCAAACACUUCGAAAAAGCAAUCAAUCCCGCAAGUUCACGUGAAAGAAGUGGAGAGCCAAAGCGUCGAAGAUUUAGGAGACAUAUCAUCAGAAUUCAGCGUCGAAGUCGAAGAACUAUCAGAACUAACUCUGGAUAACACUAAGAAAAAGGGCAAAUUUUAUAAGCUAGUAAAAUCCAUGAAGAAUAGACGAAAAAGCGUCCAAGUCGCCAAGAGCGCUGAUAACCUCGUCGAUGGAAAAUCAGAAGAGAAACAAGAAAAGAAGAAGCCCUUCAAAUUCCAUCGCAGAUUCAGCUUCAGUAGAGGCCGAGAGGAUUGAGAUUGCGUAGUUUUAAUGGUUGACUAAUAAUAGAAAUGAUGAUGAAAUUAGUUUUAAUGGUGUGAAGCUGUUUUGGGGCAUGUUGGGUAUGUAGAUGUGGCACCGAAUUAAGGGCAAAAUAAAUGAAUAUUUCAAAAGUUUAUAGCUUUGAAUGAACGCACAAAACUGUUAAAGAAAUUUCACGAAUGACAUCUUGUCUUCGAUAAGUCUCAUUUUUAUCCAACUCCCGAAUAAUUUGUUUAUAAGUAAUAAAAUUUGUCCAUAGCUUCGAUUCCACCAUGUCAUGACAAAAUUCUAUGUUCGAUUACUAUGUUAUCAUAUUUUCUGUGGAAAUCUGAAAAAUUCCACUGAAUCUUGUAUUUCACUGCAGUGUGGUGUGUUCGAAUGUUUGUAAAGGGUUUCUGCCAUAACUCGGCAAAAUAAGUAGGUAUAUGAAAGGUGUUUUACAAAUUUAAUAGUUGACCCAAAAUAAAUUGAAAUAAUGAAAUAUAUAAAUAAAUUGAUGAAUUCAAAUAAAACGUUUGUUAUAUGGAUAUACCCACGAGGGUUCUUGAGUAAGAUGUUGAAGUAGCUAAUGUAUAUAAGCGUUUGUAACAUUUACCUAUAUCUUC